AGCCUUUUCGAUUGAUUGGCAACUCUGAUGAACGUUUUGAAAAGAAUUUCCUUUUCUGUCCUGAAUCCCUAGAGAGCAGACGUCUCUUACUUUUAGUGAAAUAUUCGGCACCUGCCACUGUGUAGUUAGGGAAUACCAACACUUCAGACCGUUUUUUUUUUUAUUCAGAUUUAGAACCCAACAUCCAGGAAGGAUCAUGAACAUACCCAUUUACCAAGUGCCCUCGGUGACCAUGCAGUCGCUGCACCAGCAAUCUUUGUACCAGCAAACCUAUUUGGAUCGCAAUCGCAUGGUCACCGAUGUAUUUGUGCAGGAACACGUUUCGCAGAGCUCUUGGUCAAUGGCCGGUUCAUCGGCUGUUUUUAUACCAGGCCCCAUUAUGACCGGUAGUACCCAUGGACACUGCCAUCAUAGCGCGACUGUAUGUCCUCCAUUUGCGGCCUAUAUGCCCUUUCCGGGCAUGCAGUACUAUGCGGCAAGCUCAGCCACGAUGAACGCCUAUGGCCAUAAUCAGGUGUAUUCUUCUCGUGCUUCGGCCUCCGUCGGUUUCUAUUUGCCACAGUACAAUGCAAGCUGCAAUCAUGUACAGCCGAAAAAGACAUUCUGUGCGGCUCAAACGCAGACCCAGGAGCCGGUUAGGACCAGUUGCGAUGUGGGCACCCAGGUGGAUUUGGAUGCUGAAGAAUUACGUUUGGAGGCUAGGAAGCCAAAACCAGAAAGUGUUGUUCCUGAAGAAUCGAGCAUUAGUUCAUUGGAAAGCGGCGCAGGCGAUGGUUUGGGAGUCCAAAGAACGCUGCGCAACUCGGAGAUAAAGCUGCUGGAGCAGCGCCUCCAUGAUAUUACCAGAGUUUCACUGCAUGGCAGUGAGAUAGCCGAACGCCUGGCCAAUGCCCAUCACCAUCGUCCGUGCUUCAAGAAGAUCGAUACACUGUGUGCCCGCCUGAAGCAGGAUCUCCUGCGUCCGGAUGGCGUGCUGCCAAAUAUAAACUCACAGGGCAUUGCUUGGGCCGUUAAGGAUUUCAUAUUCGUCUUCACCCGCAUUGUAAAUGCCUGGGUCAUACUGAAGGGCUACGUGUAUAACACUCCCGAUGCUUUGAACAAGAUUAAAGAUGAGCUACCGAUGGGCUUUAUGGCUUCCUUUGAUUCUUGGCAGGUCGCGACCCUGUCCAUCGUUAAGAUGAUUAUAAAAUCCUUUGUAAAUCUGGAUGAGCUGCUGCAGAAGCAGAAAAACAGCUUUACCGGAAAGGAUGGGGCUCCAAUUAACCAAAGCAAUAGCAUCUCUCUAAGAAGUUUUAUAGAUAGCAACGAUAGCAGCGGCUUGGGACAGAAGUGCCUGGGCACAACUACUGGACACGGCCCCAGUGCCUUUAGUACACCGCAUACUCAAAUACCGAAUGCAGUUUCAAAAGGCCAAGAGCCCCCUUCAUCUGCACUUUACAAACCGAAAUGUGCAUUAAAUCUGAACUAUCUGUACACCAUGAUUGAGGAUUCGGAGGAAACUCAACGCCAUGUAGAUGCCAAUGGUACUUAUCUGAAGACCGGAACGUAUCAACCACUGCAAAAGGAGUCGAAGCCACUGGAGAUGCCGCCAGCAAAGCCAAUGGAGCGGAAUGCUACCCAAAAGGCUUUGCCAUCUCAAGAGAUUCCUAACGCUUCAACUCCGAAAUCAUCUCCACAGUCGGAGCGUCCGCAAGAUGUGAGGGCGUACACGAAUCCAUUUAGCGCUAUCGGAAAAGAGAUUACCCGGCAGCUGUACGAGUUCAGUGACCGUGUCAUGCAGCUGAAAAACUUGGAGCGCUUCUUUAAGAAGCAGUUCACUCGCAACUAUUACCCAAAUUUCUAUCAGCAUUGCCAGGAUGAUUUUAUAGACGUGCGUGCCAUUAUUAUGCGGUGCGAGAAUUCCACGUACCAUCACAUUUAUCAGGCUAUCCAUGAUCUGCGCCGGAUCAUCUUUACGGUGCGCUGUUACCUUCAGAUGUACUCGGACGAGAACCUACUCUACUACAUCGAUCUCUACGAGCGCUCUGUGAACGACAUGCUGUCCAAGCCGCCACACUAUCCCAACCAGUAUGAUCACAUCAUGGGCAGGCCAGGCGAAAAGCUCUUCAACUUUGAAAUCUAAGUGAAACAGUAUUGACAUUGUGAUCAUCAACUGAGAUUUAAGCGAAUUAUCCCGCUUAUUUAGCAUUUACACGCGUGGGUGGGUUAAGUAGAUUCAUUUAAUUUCGAAAUCAAUUAGACAGACCACAAAGAACUAAGCCAAAUUUUGAAAAAUCCAUAAUUUAAUGUUAAUUGACUGAAAAUAGUUUUAAAUCCGAUUCAUCAAUACCAUAACUCCCGUUCUUUGGUCGCAACAUUUAUUCAGCAUGUAAUUCAUACAGGUCUUAUAUUUUAUAAUGUAGUAUUUAUAACAUCUUUUUUUGUACACAUUGUACGGAUCUAACUGCAUUUUGUUAAAUUCACUACAAAAAUGGCAUGUCAAUCAAAUUUAAAUUUGUACAAUUAAAUAAAAAUCGCGAAGUGAUGCUAGAUCUCAUCAAAUUUCAUAA